GGGAGCAGCCUGUCUUCUCCGGCACAUACUUUGUGUGUCGUACUCCGGCGGGCAGGCGAGCUCGGGCGGAGAGAACUCUGACGCCGGCUCGCCCCAGCCAGCUCCCCAGGCCGCGGCCAUGGGAGGGGUGGAGGCUGCCAGGGGAGAGCCGCUGCUCAGGGUGGUUUUGAAAUAGCGAGGAAGUUGAUCUGGGCUGCCGACCAAGGAGCGAGAGGGAGAGAGGAAAGGGGGAGCCUGGAGGAGCCAGGAUCAUGCACUCGGCUCGUUGAAGCCCAGCAGGCCAGACGGGGAUGCCUGUGGGGAGAGGCGACCCCUGUGCAGAGCGCUAAGGGGGAGUACGUGUUGGCAGGGAGGGGGCUGUGGGGCCUUUCCCAUCCAGGGGCUGACCAGCCUCCCUCUCCCCAGAACCCGCUUGCUUGGAGUCAGCAGCAGCUUCUGGACCCUCCGUGCCACUGGCGAGAGGACCAUGAAAGGGGGAAGAUCUCUGAUAUUAGGGGACCCUUCAAGCUACUGGCAAAGGCAGAACAAAGGCUAAUGACUAGGAGUCGAAGCUAAGGCCAAUUCAAGGAAGAAGACCUCAUUGGAGAGGACGACGACAUGCCAUCCUUCAGAUACAGACCAGACGGCAGGACACGAACCAACUGCAGCCGGUGCCAGAAGAACCUGUCGCUCCAGACCUCCGUCAAAGGGCUGUACGUCUUCUGCGUCUUACUGAUCAUCGCCGUGAUGGUGCUGGCGUCCCUGGUCUUUAAGAAGGUCAAUUCCAUAGCUGAUGACAUCAGCUCGGCCCAGACUUACUAUGAGAAGAAGAUCGUGUCUGUCCAGGAGAACCUCCAGGAGCUCGAUCAGAAAUCCUUGGGGAACUGCUCCUUCUGCCAUGACACAGGGCAGCUGUGGCAGGAGAUAAGCAAGUUGCAGGAAGAACUGGAGGAGAUUCAGAAGAUGCUCUUGGUCCAGGAGAUCCUGCUGGAUCGGACCUCGCAGAGGUACCAGCAGCUCUCAUCCACUAGUAGUAAGAUCACCAGUGAGAUGGAUGGCUGCUCGUUCUCCAUCCGGCAGGUCAACCAGACCUUGGGGCAUUUCCUAGCCCAGGUGAGAGGCUGGCAAGCAGCCACCUCGGCACUGGAUGACUCCCUAAAGGGACUGCUGCAGGAGCGGUACGACCUCAAGGCGAUGGUCGAGCAGAUGAACUUCACAGUGGGGCAGACCUCAGAGUGGAUCCAUGCCAUCCAGCGGAAGACAGACGAGGAGACACUGACUCUGCAGAAGAUGGUGACCGAUUGGCAGAACUACACCCGGCUCUUCGGGAACCUGAGGGCCACCUCCUCCAAGACCAGCGAGCUGGUGAAGAGCAUCCAGGCCAGCAUGAGCUUGGCCUCGCAGAGGAUCAGCCAGAACUCAGAAGGCAUGCAUGACCUGGUGCUGCAGGUGAUGGGGCUCCAGCUGCAGCUGGAUAAUAUCUCCUCCUUCCUGGACGACCACGAGGAGAACAUGCACGACCUGCAGUACCACACCAGGUACACGCAGAACCGGACGGCGGAGCAGUUCGAGACCCUGGAGGGGCGCAUGACCUCGCACGAGAUUGAGAUCAGCACCAUCUUCACCAACAUCAAUGCCACAGACAGCCACGUGCACAGCAUGCUCAAGUACCUGGAUGACGUGCGGCUCUCCUGCACCUUGGGCUUCCACUCCCACGCCGAGGAGCUGUAUUACCUGAACAAGUCUGUCAGCCUGAUGCUGGGCACCACGAACCUGCUGCGGGAACGGUUCAGCCUGCUCAGCGCCCGGCUGGACUUUGACAUCCAGAACCUGUCCAUGAUCAUGGAGGAAAUGAAAGUGGUGGAUGUGAGGCAUGGGGAGAUCCUGCGCAACGUUACCAUCUUACGAGGUGUGCCUGGCCUUCCUGGACCUAGAGGACUCAAAGGCGACAUGGGAGUGAAGGGACCCGCAGGAAGCAAGGGGGAGAAGGGCGACACCGGGGGCCUGGGCUCUACCGGCCCGCAGGGCUCCAGAGGACCUCCAGGCAUCCCAGGCCCUCAAGGCGAGAGGGGACCGAUCGGCGUGAAAGGCGUGCCGGGUUUUAAAGGCGCUAAGGGCAGCUUUGGGCAAGCUGGGCUCAAAGGACAGAUGGGCCUGAAAGGCGACAUAGGCCCUCAAGGGCCGGAGGGAGCUCCGGGGCCGGUGGGGCCAGCAGGGCCGCGAGGGAAGCCAGGGAUCCCAGGGAAGCCAGGGUCUCCAGGCCAGCUUGGCCCACCGGGUCCAAAGGGAGACCCUGGCGUGCGUGGGCCCCCAGGCUUACCGGGGCCACCGGGUGUCUAAGCCAGCCCCACCCGCAGCCCUGCCCUACGGGAUGCUGGCCCAGCUGGAAUGGGGAGGGGAGAUCUCUGCAGUGCUGAGUGAACGUGCCAGCUGGCCAGAGGCGCAUCCCAAGCCCUAUCACUAGCAUCCCCCUGGGAGAUUCAGCCGGCGAUCCCAGCAGGAAGUCCGACCCCCCGCACCGCUCCCGGGACGUCCUGCCUGAGCAGAGCGGCUGGGAUCCCCGCUCGCUGUUAGGACCUGGAUCCAUGCUGACCUGCACAGCGCACCCAGCAGGCAGCCCUCCCUUGUUCAUUCACAUGCUCUCAGAGACAGCCAAGGGCAGCACGGCCCCUUGGAUGGGAAACCAGCGCUGUCCACGUCCUGCCCUUCCCUUUCCAAGAGCCUGCUUGUACCUGUUUGACCCAGACAUGCGGGGCUGUUUGAAAGGCAAAGAGCUAAAUCUCUGUGUGUCAACGGGAGUGUGUGUGUGAGAGACUGUGCUAGGCCUUGCCAAGAACGCCCUGGGCUUUGCCCUACAGCUGGGCACAAGCAGGCCUACCAUGUCUCUCGUUCCCUGGCAGAGCCUCUGCGUUUUGCUGCCUGGCACAGACCAACGUGCCUCCGGCCGCUUCAUUGCCUUGGUUUCCAUCAUCCACUUCUUUCCCUGCAUCCUCUGCUCCAGCCCUCAUUCACUGCAAGUGGGUCUGCACCGUGCUCUCAUGCCACACCUGCUUGGGCUGUCUCUGUGUAUUCGGACACGUUGAUUCUCCCUCCUGGCCCACAUGGCAGCCAGUUGGGUGUGGUCCAGAUAGCCUCAGCUGCUGGUACCCUUUCAGCUCCGGGUGCGCAGAAACCCAUGGCACAAUCACCCCCGGUUGUCAGUUGCUACCGGUGUGGUGCUCUGUUCUUGUCUGAUGAUGAUAACAGUGCGUGUUCCCUCUGUGUGCUGCCCCAGCUCUGCGCAGAUCGCUGACACAGCAGACCCCGAGAGAACCCCCAAAGACACAGACUCUAGUAAGAUACGAAGGAACCCAAGCCAGGUUUAUUAUCAAACGAAGCACAGUAAUAGUUUCCCAUAGACUCUACAAGACAUACAAUGAAUUUGUGCCCCCUGGCAAUGGACCAGCUCAGUCAGUGACGGGACUCUCCACUGCCCCAUAGGCUGGCCAAAGAUGCGCACUCUGGGACCUACUUUUAUACAGAUUACUCAUCCCUACAGACGUAUUGAGGUACAGCCCCUUGGCUCAUUAGGUGCUGUCUCCCCUUUGAUCAUGUUGUUCCAGGCAUACAGAUCUAUCCAUAAUGCUGUCCUGUCUCUAAGGUGCACCUGCCUGUUCCUUGUUAUCUCUAUGGAGUGUCCUUGUAGCAGGCUGUCCAGGGUGCCAUCCUGGCACAAGUUCCUCUUAUUAGCCCUUAUGUGUGAACGCACUUGCUUCUAACAACCCUCUUCUCGCUAAUUUCUGUGAGGGAGGCCUUCCUCUGGCUCACAGCCCAGCUUUUGCUUAGCAAUGCCUGGAAGAACUUUGGUUCAGGCUUCACGCCUCAGACUAGGCCUCUGACACAAGAGUUUAUAUUUCAGGGCCUCAUCUUACUACACCCACCAUCUCCGCUGGCACCCUCACUGGCUGCUUGCAAUAGAGGGGCCAAGGAUCGAACGAGCCCUGGAAUCCCUGCUCCCCCCGAAGAGGGCUCUCUCCAAGUCAAGAUCGAGGGAUUUGGGGAGCAGACACUGUGCCCUAGGCAGCCAAGCCCACAGCUCUGAAUUCACGUUUAUAACCUCCAGCCCCUUUGCAUCGAGAGCCCCUGAGAAGGAUGCUGACAGAUUGCAGCGGGGUCAGAGAGGAGCCAUGACUGAUUAAAGGAUCAGAGAACAUGUGCUAUAGUGAGAGACGCAAGGAGCUCGAUCUGUUUAGCUUCACAGAGAGAUGGCUAGGGGUGACUUGAUCCCCGUCUGUACAUAUUUAGUAAUGGGCUCUUCAGUCUGGCAGAGGAAGGUCUAACACGACCCAGCGGCUGGGCGUUGAAGCGAGACACAUUCAGACUGGAAAGAAGAUGUACAGUUUAGAAAGUGAGGGUAAUUAACCAUUGGAGCAACUUACCACGGGCGGUGCUGGAUUUGUCAUCAGUGCCAUUUUUAAAUCACAAUUGGGCGUUUGUCUAAAAGCUCUGCUCUAGGAAUUAUCUGGGGCAGGUCUCCGGCCUGUGUCACGCCGGGUGGGUGGGGAGGAAGGCAUCAGACUAGAUGAUCACAGUGGGCCCUCCUGGCCUUGGGAUCCAUGAAAAGCUCCUUUGACAGCUACAGAGGCCCUGGGUGACUGCCGAAAGCCACGUGCUGAGCCAGUGGUCAGGGUGGAGUUAGAACCGAAGCCCCCGACUCAGUGCUAGACCGGUGGCUGAUCGAGAGGGGCACGGCUCCCUCUGUGGUGGGGCUGAACAGCUCAGCUCAUCGCUGUUCAGGAAUUGUCACGGUCUGGCAGAAGCUGGGUGGGAGUCAGUGAGAAUCUAGGAAGGGGUCACGCAGCAAGUCAGCACAGCACAGCUGGGAACCGAAUCCCGGUCUCCGGAUUCCGGCUGUGGGAAGCGGCAGCACCUGGCAGUGCUGCAGGACCUUGCACCCAGCGGUGGGAGCCAGAAGACCGGGGUUUCACAGGAAUUGGCAGACUGGCUCAGCCCUGCGGCCCAGCUAGCCCAGGGUCCUGGCUCAGGCAGCAGAAGCACUAGAUGUUUCAGAGGAAGGUCUGAGACCCCCCCCCCCGCCUUGCACAGCUGCUGAUGAGGGAGAAUCUGCCCCUGACAUAGGGCUAAUCCCGAUCUCUAACAGUUAGGUAGAAGGCUGGAUAUUCCUGUUACCCAUAGACAUGCCCAAAUCCACUUUGACUCAUGCUAAGUUUUUAGCCUCAGUGACCUCCAGUGGUAGUGAGUUCCACAGACUAAUUGUGCCUUGUGUGAAAAAAAUAUUUUCCUUUUAUCAGCUUUUGAAUCUGCCCCCUUCUAAUUUUCUUUGCGUGUCCCCUUGUUUAUGUCUCAUGAAUCAGGGAGAACAGAAGCUCUCGAUCUCCCUCCUCCAGAUGAGUCCUCAUCCGUUCAGCAAUCUAUCACCAUGGGGUCAAUGACUAAUGGAGCCUGGGGGCACCAGGCUUGGGGAGAGGGGGGCUUUACCCGGCUGCAGAGCUGGAAAGUACUGGAAGGAACAGGAGGCUAGUGGUGGGGAAGGAAGGGGAGGCCUAGAGGAGAGGCACCAUGUGGAUUUUGGGGAGCACCCUGG